GUAUUGCCGUCCAAAUGGCCUUAAUUUUUCAUCUUCCUUCUAUCAUGAGGGAAGUAGCUCAUGGGACCAUGUUGAUAAGCAGUGGGUAUACCAUGGAUAUUAUAUAUUCCGGCUCUUGUUGUUCUUUACGUCCAUGGCUGCAGCAGUGUCUUCAAACGAGAAAUUCACAGUUGUCGAGAAAGAUGAUGUAGAAACUGCCAGUGCUAAUGAGGAUGCCCCCGAAAUCGAUAUCUUGGCUAACAACAAACUGGUCUGGAAGACGGACUUGCGCAUAGUUCCUCUGUCAGCGUUCAUAUAUUUACUAUGCAACAUCGAUAGAUCGAACAUCGGUAAUGCCAAAAUUAUGAACAAGGAAGAAGGACACGAUCUUUUGGCCGAGACUAACCUUACCAGCUACCAAUACACGAUCGCCCUCACAGUAUUCUUCCUGGCAUACGCCUUCUUUGAAGUGCCGUCGAAUAUUUUGUUGAAACGAUUACGGCCUAGUAGAUGGAUUGCAACCCUCAUGUUUAUCUGGGGUGUUAUCACCAUUGGUUUGGGCGGAGUCACCAAUCACAGUACUCUGACUAUUGUUCGGUUCCUGCUUGGUGCAUUCGAAGCCGGCUUGUUCCCUGGUCUAGUGUAUUAUGUGACGUUCUGGUACAGACCAGAAGAACGAUCUCUCCGUGUCGCCCUUAUUCUAGCUUCCGCCACAUUGGCAGGAGCCUUUGGUGGCGCGAUAGCCUAUGGGAUCGCGCAUAUGGAAGGAAGCAAUGGCCUGUCUGCUUGGAGAUGGUUAUUUAUCUUGGAGGGAAUUCCAUCCGCAGUUCUGGCUUUCCCAAUCUGGUAUCUCCUCCCUGACUAUCCGGAAACAGCGUCUUGGUUGUCACCAGAGGAGAAAGCACUUUCUGCAGUGCGUCUCAAAGACAGCUCAAAGGCCUCUGGUCGGGGCCUAUCUUGGCGGGAUGUCACCUUGACUUUGAUGGACUGGCGCUUAUGGAUCCAUUUUCUGGUAUAUUUCGGAAUUUCAGCCCCAUUUUCUAGCAUGUCGCUCUUUGCGCCUACCAUUGUAUCUUGUCUAGGCUACACAUCUCUGCGUGCCCAACUGAUGACCUCCGUGGUCAUUUUCUCUGCAACAUUUGCUGCUAUUGGAGCUGUAGGAUUUAUUGCUUCAGCCACACUUCCAGCAGACGCGUACAAGGUAAAUACAUACUCUGUCCUAUCAGUACAUCUUAAACUUAAGGCUUGCCUACAGAGUCGAUACGGCAUGCUCAUUAUUGCAUGUGCUGGUGCCUUCUCAUGUAUAUCGCCUUUGUUGGGAUGGCUGUCCUGCAACAUGCGUUCCACUGCCACAACAGGGCUUGCUGUGGCGUUGAAUAUCUCGUUUGGUGCUCCCGGGCAAAUUGUCGGGGUUUGGAUCUAUAAGAGCGAGGAAGCCUCAAAGGGUUAUCCAACGGGGCAUUGGACGAAUGCUGCGCUAUUGAUUUUUGUAUCGGCAGGUUGCAUUGGGCUGCACCUGUUGUAUAAGUCGAGGAAUCAUAUAAUUAGGGAGAACAACUCCCAAGAGAUGUUAUGGAAGCUCUAGAACGUGACCAUGGUGAUCCGACUUUAGUGCAUGUAUGUACGGACACUUUACGCGUGUAUCUAGAAAUGAACGCCUUUAUGACACCAACCUUUGCCUGCAGCUACAGUCGCUCUCAAAUAUUCUAGCCAAUUGUCCGGCUUCCACUGAUGCGGGUAAUCAAUAAAAACAUCCUCAGUGCCGUACCAAUUCUUGACGUUAAGUCUUCAGGGAGCUUUGUGUAAC